AUCUAGAAGGUUUUGCUGCCUUUUCUUUUGUCGGUGUGGGAGUGUUGAGAGGGCGGCCAUGGCUCACGCUGCAGCUCACAUUAAAAAGGCCCGCUCAGAGAUGGAUCAGCCGCCAGACCUGAAGGCUUUGGAGAAAGCCAGAGAGAGGAGGCGGCGCUCCCGGGAACGGGCUGAACGCAGGCACAAGUCGGACAGCAACACCAGCUUCCUGCGAGCAGCCAGGGCGGGAAACAUCGACAAGGUUCUGGAGUACCUAAAAGGAGGCGUGGACAUCAGCACCUGUAAUCAGAAUGGUCUCAAUGCUCUGCACCUGGCUGCUAAAGAGGGACAUGUGGACCUGGUCCAGGAGCUGCUGGACCGAGGUGCUGCGGUGGAUUCAGCCACAAAGAAAGGGAACACAGCCCUUCACAUCGCGUCUUUGGCCGGUCAGGUGGACGUGGUGAAGAUUCUGGUCAAACGAGGUGCCGACAUCAACGCUCAGUCUCAGAAUGGAUUCACGCCACUGUACAUGGCCGCUCAGGAGAAUCAUCUGGAUGUGGUUCGAUACCUUCUGGAGAACGGAGGCAACCAGAGCACGGCAACAGAGGACGGCUUCACGCCGCUGGCCAUCGCCCUGCAGCAGGGCCACAACCAGGUGGUCUCGGUCCUGCUGGAGAACGACACCAAAGGCAAAGUGCGGCUGCCCGCCUUACACAUCGCCGCUCGCAAGGACGACACCAAGUCUGCAGCUCUGCUGCUGCAGAACGACCACAACGCUGACGUCCAGUCAAAGAUGAUGGUCAAUAGGACUACUGAGAACGGCAAGAGUGGAUUCACCCCCCUGCACAUCGCCGCCCACUACGGGAACGUCAACGUGGCUACGCUCUUACUGAACAGAGGCGCCGCUGUCGACUUCACAGCAAGGAAUGGGAUCACACCGCUGCAUGUGGCCUCGAAGCGCGGCAACACCAAUAUGGUUCACCUGCUGCUGGACCGCGGCUCUCAGAUCGAUGCUAAAACCAGGGAUGGCCUCACACCACUUCACUGCGCCGCUCGAAGUGGACACGAUACCACUGUGGAGUUGCUGAUGGAGAGAGGAGCGCCCCUGCUGGCCAGGACAAAGAACGGCCUGUCUCCUCUCCACAUGGCGGCACAGGGGGACCAUGUUGAAUGCGUCAAGCACCUUCUGCAGCACAAGGCGCCUGUUGAUGAUGUCACACUGGACUAUCUGACAGCGCUCCACGUGGCAGCACAUUGCGGACACUACCGAGUCACUAAACUGCUGCUGGACAAGAGGGCCAACCCCAAUGCUCGGGCCCUGAAUGGCUUCACUCCGCUACACAUAGCCUGUAAGAAGAACCGCGUGAAGGUGAUGGAGCUGCUGGUCAAGUACGGAGCUUCCAUCCAGGCUGUCACUGAGUCCGGUUUGACCCCGAUCCAUGUGGCAGCCUUCAUGGGUCACCUGAACAUCGUCCUACUGCUGCUGCAGAAUGGAGCCUCUCCUGACGUCAACAACAUCCGUGGAGAGACAGCGUUGCACAUGGCAGCCCGUGCUGGCCAGGUGGAGGUAGUCAGGUGUCUGCUAAGGAAUGGUGCCAUGGUGGAUGCCAGAGCCCGGGAGGAUCAGACCCCCCUCCACAUUGCGUCCCGUCUGGGGAAAACGGAGAUCGUCCAACUGCUGCUCCAGCACAUGGCCCAUCCGGAUGCUGCCACCGCCAAUGGCUACACCCCGCUCCACAUCUCAGCCAGGGAGGGCCAGUUGGAGACGGCCUCAGUCCUGCUGGAAGCCGGUGCCUCGCACUCACUGGCCACCAAGAAAGGCUUUACUCCCUUGCACGUGGCCUCAAAGUACGGAAGCCUGGAUGUGGCCAGACUUCUGCUGCAGCGACGUGCUCCUCCUGACAGUGUUGGGAAGAACGGCCUCACUCCGCUCCAUGUCGCAGCACAUUACGAUAACCAGAAGGUGGCGCUUCUGCUGUUGGACAAAGGGGCAUCCCCCCACGCCAUGGCUAAGAAUGGGUACACUCCUCUGCACAUUGCAGCCAAGAAGAACCAGAUGGACAUUGCUACAGUGCUGCUGCAGUAUGGCGCAGAGACCAACAUUGUGACCAAGCAGGGGGUCACGCCACUUCAUCUGGCCUCACAGGAGGGACACACCAUCAUGACUGCCCUGCUCUUGAGCAAGGGAACCCAGGUCAAUGUCCCUACCAAGAACGGACUCACCGCGCUCCACCUCGCCGCUCAGGAGGACAAAGUCGCUGUGGCUGAGAUCCUGGCUUGGAAUGGCGCCGACCUCGACCAGCAGACCAAAUUGGGCUACACGCCGCUCAUUGUAGCAUGUCACUAUGGUAACGGCAAGAUGGUGAACUUCCUGCUUCAGAAUGGAGCCAGUGUCAACGCCAAGACCAAGAACGGAUACACGCCCCUCCACCAGGCAGCACAGCAGGGAAACACACACAUCAUCAACGUGCUGCUGCAAUAUGGUGCCAAGCCAAACGCUAUUACCAUGAAUGGGAACACAGCUCUGGGGAUCGCUCGGCGGCUCGGCUACAUCUCCGUGGUGGACACGCUCAGGGUGGUGACGGAGGAGAUCGUUACCACCACCACGACGGUGACUGAGAAACACAAGCUGAAUGUGCCGGAGACGAUGACUGAAGUGUUGGACGUCUCUGAUGAAGAGGGUGACGACACAAUGACUGGUGACGGCAGCGAGUACCUACGGGCCGAGGACCUGAGGGAGCUCGGGGACGACUCUCUACCCGGACAGUAUCUGGACGGGAUGAACUACCUGCGCUUCAGCCUGGAGGCAGUCCGGACGGACAGCUCAGAGAGGUCGUACACACCGACCCACCACAGCUUCUACUCCCCGAAACAUGAAGGUCUAAUGGAGGAGAUGAUCACCUGUCAGCAGAUUUCGGUGCUCGGCAGAGACGGCGACAGGGACUCGCACCGGCUCAGCUGGGGGACAGAGAACCUGGACAACGUGGCAUUGUCCUCCAGCCCCAUCCACUCCGGCCGGUCCUCUCCGUGCCACCAUCAUGGAGAUCACAGCAGCUUCCUGGUCAGCUUCAUGGUAGAUGCUAGGGGCGGAGCCAUGCGUGGUUGCCGACAUAACGGUCUGCGCAUCAUCAUCCCGCCCAAGAAGUGCAGCGCGCCCACGCGGGUGACAUGCCGGCUGGUGAAGAGGCAUCGCCUGGCGACAAUGCCGCCGAUGGUGGAGGGCGAAGGUCUGGCCAGCAGGAUCAUCGAGGUGGGGCCGUGUGGAGCCCAGUUCCUGGGUAAGCUCCACCUCCCCAGUGCUCCUCCCCCUCUUAAUGAGGGAGAGAGUCUGGUUAGCCGAAUCCUGCAGCUCGGCCCACCGGGGACUAAAUUCCUCGGCCCUGUGAUUGUGGAGAUCCCACACUUUGCUGCCCUGCGGGGCAAAGAGAGAGAGCUGGUGGUCCUGAGGAGUGAGAUGGGGGACAACUGGAAGGAGCAUCACUGUGACCACACCGAGGAGGAGCUCAACCAGAUCCUAAAUGGCAUGGACGAGGAGCUGGAUGCACCAGAGGAGCUGGAGAGGAAGCGCAUUUGCCGAAUCAUCACCAGAGACUUCCCACAAUACUUUGCGGUGGUCUCACGUAUCAAGCAGGACAGUAAUCUGAUUGGUCCUGAGGGAGGAAUCCUGAGCAGCACGGUUGUGCCUCAAGUGCAGGCGGUCUUCCCAGAGGGAGCGCUCACCAAGAGGAUCAGAGUCGGCCUGCAGUCACAGCCUGUGAGCAUGGACACGGUCAGGAAGAUCCUGGGAAACAAGGCCACCUUCAGCCCCAUCGUCACUCUGGAGCCCCGCAGGAGAAAGUUCCACAAACCCAUCACCAUGACCAUCCCCGUCCCCAAGACCAGCUCUGAACCGGUCCUCAACGGCUUUGGAGUGGAUGCGCCUACUUUACGCCUACUCUGUAGUAUCACCGGAGGAACCACACCUGCCCAGUGGGAGGACAUAACAGGAACCACCCCGUUAACCUUCAUCAAUGACUGUGUUUCCUUCACCACCAACGUGUCUGCCAGGUUCUGGUUGAUAGACUGUCGGCAAGUCCAGGAAUCUGUCAACUUUUGUACUCAGGUGUACCGGGAGAUCAUCUGUGUCCCUUACAUGGCCAAGUUCGUCAUCUUUGCCAAAACUCACGAUCCUAUUGAGGCCCGCCUACGUUGCUUCUGCAUGACGGAUGACAAGAUUGACAAAACACUGGAGCAUCAGGAGAACUUCAGUGAGGUGGCCCGCAGCCGAGACGUGGAGGUCCUAGAAGGCAAACCCAUCUAUGCAGACUGUUUUGGCAACCUGGUUCCGCUCACCAAAAGUGGCCAGCACCAUCUCUUCAGCUUCUAUGCCUUCAAAGAGAACAGACUAGCACUCUUCAUCAAAAUCAGAGACAACACUCAGGAGCCAUGUGGUCGUCUGUCCUUCUUGAAAGAACCCAGGAACGUCAGGUCAAUCGCCAAAAAUGCCAUAUGCAACCUCAACAUCACUCUGCCAUCAUACUGCAAGGAGUCCGAUUCCGACCAGGAGCAGGAAGACGAGACCAGCAGAAGACUGGAGAAAAAAGAUGAAGAGCCGGCGACAUCAGACCUGAAAGUAGAGCUGAUUCGAGAGCCAGACCUCCUGUCCGAUGUCUCACAGAUGAAACAAGACUUGAUCAAAAUGACGGCCAUCCUGACUGCAGACGCCACAGAGAAAUCCCCCUCGUUAGGCAUUUGUGGUCUAGAGAAAAGCACAGUGGAUGUGUCCGGAGAGCCGUUAGAAAUAAUGGAGAAGGAUCUGGUAAAAGUGAAAGAAGACCUGGAGAAAGUCAGUGAGAUAUUAAGGAGUGGGACCUAUGAGAGAGAGGUGGCGGGGAAAGCAGCUAGGAUGGCUGAGGACUGGGUCCUCCUGUCGGACACGGAGGUCCAAGAAGCCAAAAAGAUGGCAGCCUUAGAAAUCCAAGAACCCGUCUUACGUGAAAGCAGAAGUAAAAGAGGGGCUCCCAGACCAAAAGCCAUAAAAGACAGUGGCGACCUAAAAGAAUACCUUCUUGAUGCACCUGUAGGCUCCAAAAUAAAAUCUAAAAAAGAACAAGGUGUCCAACAAAAGUUCACUGAUGUUGUGUUGUGUAAAAGUUCCAAACCAUCAACUCCAACCAAAGUGCAAGAAAAAUCCACAGUGGGGAAUCAUAAAAAAGUAGUCAGGAGGAAGGGGAAGGAUCAGGAACCAACAGAAGUCCCAUCGGAAGCAGGCAGUCUCCUGAUUGUGCCGGCAGUUCCUGGCUCAGCAUCACCUGUGUCCCCGGUGGUUGAAGAAACACCAAUUGGCUCAAUAAAAGACAAAGUCAAAGCCUUACAACAAAGAGUAGAAGCAGAGCAAAAGAAUAAGAAGUUCAGCGGAAGCAAGCCUUCACAUCUACCGGUUAUAACCAGGGCUUCUGCAAAAGCUAAAGAAAGCCCUAAAUCAGCAAAGGCACCCCCUAAAUCUCCUAAAGCAGAGUCUGAAAAACUCGAGGAGACCAUGUCAGUUAAAGAGUUGAUGCAAGCCUUUCAAACUGGACAGGACCCUUCAAAGAGGAAGUCGGGCCUUUUUGAGCUCAAACCGUCCACUGUCAGACACCGUCCAACAUCGGACAAACACGUAAAAUCAGAAACCGUCCCAUCAGAACUAAUAACCAAGGCAAUGGCUUCUCAAGAAAAAGAGCCGUCUUUAGAUUCCAAACCUCAGAAGACAGAGCACACUCAACAAGAAGGUCCCAAAGACCAAAAUUCCCCUUCUGCCACCUGUUCAGAGCUAACUGAAACUGUCACUUUAGAAAACGGAGGCCUUGACGACAGCUCUGACAGUUUGAAGCAUGAAGCUGUGGCAGACUCACUAAGUGCCAGUUCUGGACAUGGAACCCCUCAUCUAAGCUCCGAGGACAGCUACAAGCAUGAGGGUUUAGCCACCCCUGGUACAAGUCCUGAAAGUCUGUGUCUUUCUCCUAAAAACGGGCAAGAAAAUGCUGAAGCACCAGCAGCUGCCAUCAUGGAAAUCACGAGUGAAAGUAAAGACAUGGAGAAGUCUGGAGACUCUCGUGUAGGGACCGCUCCUGACCAGCUGUCUGCAGAGUUGACCCUCCCACUGUCAACCAGUGAGGCUGCAGAUGACCACACCACAAGUGAGUCUAUGUCUGUUAGGAGGAACAAGCCUAAACCGUCCAAAGCUCAAAAGCUCACAAAGAGAAUUUCAGAGACUUUAGAAACUUUUCUUAGUGAUGAUGACAGCCCUGAAGUCCAUGGUUCCCCACCCUCUAGAUCCUCCUCUCAUCUUCAUGAAAGCUUAGAGCUGCCUUUAAAACAAGACUCAGAUCCUCUUAGUCCAUUAGCAGAUGACUCUUUGACAAUAAGCCACAGGGAUUCUCUCGAGGGUAGUCCUCUUAUGGAAGAAAACUCCUCCCAUAGAUCUCCAGACUCAAUUGAACCCAGCCCCACCAGGGAAUCACCCCCUCAUGAUUCCUUAGAGAGCAGCCCAGUACAGCAAGAAAGCCACUCAACCUUCCUGUCAGCCAUAGGUCUACAGAGUCAAUCCUCUAGCCGUCCCAAGACCUCCAAAGCUACAGAAUUCCCGCAGGACCCUUUGCGCAGUAGACUGCUACACGACCAUGAGGCUAAUGUUGAUGAUGACAGUUGUGAGCAGACAUCCCAGAUGACAAUUUCUGGUAAGGGUCUCCUCUUUCCUGAUACCCCAAGUUCUGAACAGGUAAGUUAUGAGCUAAAUCCCAGACCAUCUGACCACAUAUUUCUUUCUGUUCAAACCAAACCGGCUGUCAUCCCUGAAGACCCAGAAGAUCAUGCAUCGGUCACCUUUGAAGCUAAGAGAAUAUUUACUCCACAGGAGGAAAUGUUUAAGAUGGCUCCCAAAAUAAAAACAUUUGAUGAAAUGGAGCAAGAGGCAAGGAGCAAAAACAACUCCAGAAAAGAUGCCAAAACUGGGGAUGACAGCUGUAAAACAUUAGAACCCUCCAGUGAAAACCCUUCUCAUUGUCAUUGUGGACUUUCUAGAACCACAGAAGAUUCAAAGUUAGCUCUUUGUCUUGAUCCCCGUAUUAAAGUCCAACUUCCCUCUCCUUUUUCAGCAGGUUUGCAUGAUGGAUCCUACAGCAAAGACGUAAAGAAGACAACCACAACAGCCAGUGUAACUUCAGAGGGAUCUCAUACUGUCUCCACAGUAAACAGAACUGAUGAGCAAAAGGAGGAGAUCUUAAAGUCCAGAGAAAAUAAAGGGGAUGUAGAGGAAGGUCCCGGUGUUGAUGAAAUACAGACAGGUGCAGCAAAACAAGUUCAUAAUGUAACAGAUGAAGUGAAAAGAGAUCACAGAGGUCCACUUGGUGGAAGUGUCACCACUGGACAACCAAAAGAAGCAUUUAAACCACAGGUCUGUAUAUAUGAUGACCCAGAUGAUGAUGACGAGCCACCGGAACAUCCGAGAACAGAGUCUAAAGGCGUCACCGCAAGAGUAGAACAGAACCUCUGGACUACCAUCAGGGAGGACGAUGCUGCUUUCGCAGCUCGUGUCAAGGAAGAGGAACAGAAGAUCCUGAAUUUGGUAGUGGACCGACACUCUUUGCAGGCAACUCCAGACACAACACCUGGUAGAACACCCACAGAAGAGAGCACGCCGACCAGUGAGCCAAACCCUUUUCUCUUCCAAGAAGGGAAGCUGUUUGAGAUGACACGAAGUGGUGCUAUCGACAUGACCAAGAGGAGCUAUGAGGAGGAAGGAGGUGGCUUCGCCUUUUUCCAAAUAGGGGAACAACCUUUAGAAGAGAAUUUUGAAGAAGACAUGAGACAAGGAGGUAGAAAAUUGGCAGCAGAACCAGAAGUUGGCCUCAAUCUAAUGUUAGAGGUUAAAACUGAAGAAGAACGUGACUCAAAAGAAAGAACUUAUUCUCAGCUUCAGCCGCCAGCUGAAACUGACCAGACAACCAAAACAAACGCCUCCAAAUCUAAAAUUCCUAAGAUGGACAGUUCUUCUCCAGGCAAGCCUACAAAGAAAGAGCAAGUAACCCCUGAUGUUGUCAGAGCCCAGAAAGAUGUAAGUGUUAAUGAGGAACCCUUACCUUUAGACAGCAGUUCACCCGACCAAAUUCUAACAAAUGUCCAGACAGCCGAAAGCACAGUCACUAGAUCUAUCUACUCUGAGCAGGGUCAAGAGUCCUCAGAUUCCUCUCCAGAAGAGCCACAGUCAGUGAUAGAAGCUCCCAAACCAUCAGCAAAGUCCAAACAAAUUGCUUCCAGUAGUGGUAAAAAAGCUCCAAACAAAACACAAGCCAAGUCCACCCGUCAAGGUCAGGGUAAAUCUGCAAUCUGCCCCGCCCCAGCCACCCUCAAAAAAGAGUCCUCUUCCACUGCUGAGUCCAAAUCGAGAAUUCCUGUCAAAGCUAGCACUCUUAAAACGGAUCCCGCUAUCAGAUGUUCCGAAACCACUCAUGACAGAAAGCUUAAGGUUCAAGUAAAAAAGGACACAAGGAGAAAAUCUGAGACAGAUGCAGGUCCCUCUGUGGAUGUCAAAACCAAGACCGCUGCAUCCAAAGCCAGGAGCUUCUGUGAAGGGGAGUCUACUCCGUCUCCUGCUAAAAAACAUCUGGCUCGGCCUGUGAGCGCAGAGUUGGCAAAAUCCAAAGGCUUCCACUCCCGACUCCCAGUCAGAGGCAAAGGUGGUCAGUCACCUCAGUCAGCAACACCAGCCAAAGAGAAAACCGAUCAGUGCCAACAGCCCAUUGACUUUUUUGAAGAAAUAAGUGAUGAAGCAGCAAAAGUCAUGGAAAGGUUGGCACAGGCAGAGACGGCGAAAGAAGGAGAUGCUGUGACCACCUAUUCAGAUGAGGAGAGCAGUCUCAUUGACCACUCUGUCAUAGAAAGGGAUACCUUCCCCAAGAUGCAAAUCCCUCCCUCAGGAGACGUCUUUCCCAUUAUACCGCUGUGGGACAAUCCUGUUGAGACACAGAUGCAGCGACUCUCAGACGAUAAAGUCCAAAGUCAAGUAGAUCCACAGGAAGAAGCUGAGAGAAAAGCGCGAUGGUUGGCGAUUAUUGCUGACCAUCUGGGCUUCAGCUGGACCCAAUUGGCACAAGAACUGAACUUCAGUGAGGAAACAAUCAAUCUAAUCAGGUUGGAAAAUCCCAACUCACUACAAGACCAAAGCCACGCCCUUUUGAAGCUGUGGGCGGAGCAGGAGGCGGACGAGGCCACAGAAGCGACACUGAUUGAAAGACUCACGAAGAUCAACAGGAUGGACAUCAUCCAUCUCAUUGAAACCAAGCUCGGUGGGCUGUCUCAGGAGGACACGUCUUCACACACCUACGCAGAAAUCGAGCAGACUCUAGUGCGGGAUCAUAGUGAAGAUUUCUCUGACCUUCAUGAGGACAUUGAGAGUCCUGGGCCAGGACAAUGUCCCGAAGCCAUAGGUUCAGGGAGACCUGUACCCAUGGUGUCAGUAGAAGAUCUAUCCUGCAGUUUGCCAUCGCUUCAUGAGAUGAUGGGACGAUCGGACCCCGAAUCCACCGAAACUGGUCUUCUUAGAAAUGCCCAGAGAGACAGAGUACAAAAAGAGACGAACAAAACAUUUUCUUCACAAAGAGGAUAUGAUGAGCAAACAGAGUUGGUGCUCACAGGCAGGUUUAAACAAGAGAUAGAGGAGGAGCUGGGCCCGCUGUCCUCUGACAGCUCGGAGGAGGAGGUACUGACCACCAGGGUGGUCCAACGCAGAGUCAUCAUCCAGGCGGAUCACCUGCCAGACAUCCCGCCGCAGAUGAUCACAGAGGAAAAGUACACAGAUGAGCAUGGAAACAUGGUGGUGAAGAAGAUCACACGGAAGGUGAUCCGUAAGUUUGUGUCUGCGGACGGCGUGGAGAGACAGGAGGUGACCAUGGAAGGUUCUCAGCAGGAGAGGGUGCGCAUCGAGGAAGGAGAUGCUGUGUCCAAAGUGGUGAAGAGGACCAUGGUCCACAGUGCAGGAGAUCAGAAAGAGAUGACCUUCUCGGAGCCUCUGACCCUGCAUACCGCCACGGCCUCAGACUUUGAGGCGGAGCCAGUUCAAGGUCGAAAGGUCAGCAAGGUGAUCAAGAUGACAGUGGUGACCGGGGAGAGGACGGAGAAACAGACGGGCGACUCCUCGCUGACUGUCGACCUGCCUUCAGCCAGAGAGGACUUUGAGAAGAGUCCAGAUGUGUAAGUCAAGAACCCAGAAGAGGACCGUGGUGAGGGAUGCCCAGGGGAAGCAUGUGCACCUGGAGCGGCUGGACGACACCCCGGGCGCCCUGCAGCCCGACGUCCUGCAGCAGCGCCUGCACCUGCUCUUGAAGCAGUACUGUGAGGGGGAGGAGCAUCAGGAGGAGGGGGAGGAGCAUCACCUGGAGAGCCCUCCAUGACCUUCUUCUCCUCGCAGACUCUGAACUUUGUUCUCACUCAUCACUGGGUUUUUGUUAUGCUUUUUUAUUUUUUGAUAGGUACUUUUGCGCUUUAACACUUUUUGUUUGACAUGUUUCUGUUUUGUGACCAAAGAUGGCAACCCUCAUUUAUGUAAGUCCCCCCCCCCCACGGUUUCUCGCGUGCAUCAGAGAUGGCGUCCGCCUCGAACCUUCGCCUCUUCUUGAAGAUCAACACAUUUGUACAUAGAGGACAAAGUCACGCCUGGACUGCGAAUUCAAAGCAUUUAAUAGAGACACACCCACUGGAACACCAUCACACUUCUUAUGAAAGCCGUCUUCCCAUCAUGCUUACAUUCACGUCUUAAUGUUGCACAUGUUCGUAUGUAGCGUCCAUCUCGUGUGCGUGUGUGCACACAUACCGAGUGCUUGCUUCAUGGAGACGCUUGGAUUUACUUUCUUCUUCUCACCACCAAAUUAAAAAUUCUGGACACUUA